GCCAAACCUAAUCAAGUGUCCAACUUAUUCCACUAAUCCACUCACCUGCGGCCUAGUCCUUACGCGAAGAUUGAAGAACGGAGGUCGAAGAGGAGCCUGACAGCCUGCGACGAAACGACAAAGACUGAAGACGUUGUGAACUGCGAACACCAGCCGACCUGCAGCCACCAGCCGCGGCGCCGGACGCCGUCUCCCACUAGGCCGUCCUUUCUCUCCGGCUCUCCGCUCUGCCUGUAGCUCCUGAGCUCCAGCCUCUGGGUGACCAGUAAAAAAUGAGGAAUCAGAAGAAAAAGAAUGCAGGUCGAAGUGUUUCCACAGAAUCUACUCUUGAUGAGAUUGAGCAAUUGGGGAAUAGUGACGAUGAUAACAGUAAUGCAGAGGAUGAAAUAACUUCCAUUACAUUCACAGGGAAAAAGAAGCCAUCUAAAUCUAGUAAGAAAGCAGGUAGAAGUGUGUUUGCAGCUUCUGCUUUUGACAGCCUAGAUGAUUUACAGGAGAGUUUGGAGCUUAAUGAAGAGGAAGACGAUGAAGCUCCUAAUAUCACUUUCACCGGAAAGAAAAAGAAAUCGUCAAAAAAGAGCAGUCCUUUCAGUUUUGGUGAUGACAAUGCUAAUUUUGCUAAGCUGGAUACCGAUUCACUAGAAGAGGAUGUUAGGGCUCAGGAUGACGAUGCAUCUGUGAUUCUUUUUUCUGGUAAAAAGAAGUCAUCUAAAAAGAAGAAUCAAACUACCUUCAACAUGCUUGAGGAGGAGGAUCCCGUAGAUGAGGCACCUGAUGCAGUUCAUGAUUUUGAAAAACUGAGUCUAGCUGAAAGGGAUAAAGAGACAGCAGGAACAAAAAACAAGAUUCAGGUUCAAGAAGACAUGGCUGGAGUUUCAAAGGCCAAGUCCAAGAAGAAGAAGAAGGGUGAAAAAACAGUUCAAGAAGACGAGGAUGAGAUUGACAAGAUUCUAGCAGAGCUUGGUGAGGGUCCAUCAAUUCCUUCCUCUGCUCCUGUUCCUGUUCCGUCUUCUACCGGAGAGACCUUACCGUCGUUACAGGUACAACUUGAACCAAAAGGUAAACCAAAGAAAAAGAAGGGUGGAAAAAAAACUGAAGAUGAUGAAAUUGACACAAUUUUAGCUGAACUUGGAGAGAGACUGCCAACAUCCGAACCACAAGAGGAAAAAGAUAAUAAUCUUUGUGAAGCAGAAGAAGACAUUCCUGAGAAAGAAACUGUGGAGGGAGUGGUGGAGUCAGCAGCUGCAAAGAAGAAGAAAAAGAAGAAGGAGAAAGAAAAGGAGAAAAAGGCAGCAGCAGCUGUGGUUGAGGAGAAGCAGGAAGAGGCAAAAGCUGACGGAAAGAGUAAAGCAGCUGAUAAAAAAGUUCCUAAACAUGUCAGGGAGAUGCAAGAGAGACUUGCCAGACUCAAGGAAGCUGAAGAAAAGAAAAAAAGGGAAGAAGAAGAAAAGCUGAGGAAGGAAGAAGAAGAGCGUCUCCGGCAAGAGGAGUUAGAAAGGCUUGCAGAGGAAAAAAAACGCCUGAAGAAGGAGAGGGAAAAGGAGAAGCUCUUGAAGAAGAAACAAGAGGGGAAGUUGCUGACUGGAAAACAGAAGGAAGAAGCUCGCAGAUUAGAACUGAUGAGAAAACAAAUAUUAGCCAAUGCAGGGGGGUUACCACUCCCGUCUGGGGAGAUGCCUAAAGAGGGAACUAAACGACCGAAGUAUCAAACAAAGAAGCCAAAGCAACAAUCUCAUGCAAAUGAGAUUGUUGGUGAAGAAGUGGAAACUACAGAGGACAAGUCAGAGAUUAUGGAGGACAAAUCAGAGAUUACAGAAGACAAGUCAGAAGUUGCUGAUGUGGAAGAAAAUGGAAUUCAAGAAGAAGAAGACGAUGAGGAGUGGGAUGCAAAAAGCUGGGAUGAAGCUGAUCUAAAACUGCCUGGUAAAAGUGCAUUUUCUGAUGAGGAAGCAGAUGAAGAACCAAAAGCUUUGGUCAGAAAAGAGAUGAAGCUUGAGCAGGCAGCUGUUCGUGAUUCUUCAGCUGCUUCCAAGGGAGUUCCUAAAAAUGAGAACAGUAAGAAAAGUGAGACAGUGCCGGAGAGUAAGCACAAAAAAGGCAUAGAAGGAAUGGAAGCACAGAAACCUGUUGCACUUCCUGACAAAAGUGAAAAGGACCUUCGUUCUCCUAUCUGCUGCAUUAUGGGCCAUGUUGAUACGGGGAAAACCAAGCUUCUUGAUUGUAUACGAGGCACUAAUGUCCAAGAAGGUGAAGCAGGAGGGAUUACUCAGCAGAUUGGUGCUACCUACUUUCCUGCGGGGAAUAUAAGAGAGAGAACUAGAGAGCUAAAAGCGGAUGCUACACUGAAGGUCCCUGGUUUGUUGGUCAUUGACACCCCAGGGCACGAGUCAUUCACUAAUCUCCGCUCUAGAGGGUCAGGCUUGUGUGAUAUUGCAAUUUUGGUCGUGGAUAUAAUGCAUGGACUGGAGCAGCAAACAAUUGAGUCGCUCAAUCUUUUGAAGAUGAGGAAUACAGAGUUUAUCAUUGCUUUAAAUAAGGUUGACAGGCUUUAUGGAUGGAAAGUUUGCAAGAACUCACCUAUUCAGAAGGCGAUGAAACAACAGAAUCUUGAUGUUCAGCGAGAAUUUAAGGAAAGGCUCACUCAGAUAGUCACACAGUUCAAAGAGCAAGGAGUGAAUACGGAAUUGUACUAUAAAAACAAAGAUAUGGGUAAAGAUACAUCCAGCAUUGUUCCUACUAGUGCUAUCAGUGGUGAAGGUAUUCCUGACUUAUUGCUAUUACUUGUUCAAUGGACUCAAAAGACAAUGACUGAGAGGCUUACGUUUAGCAAUGAAGUCCAGUGUACUGUGUUGGAGGUAAAGGUUAUUGAAGGCCAUGGAACUACCAUUGAUGUAGUGCUUGUUAAUGGUGUGCUUCAUGAAGGAGACCAAAUAGUUGUUUGUGGCACGCAGGGAGAGCCUAUUGUGACCUCCAUUCGGGCAUUACUGACUCCUCACCCAAUGAAAGAGCUCCGAGUGAAGGGUACAUAUUUACACCAUAAAGAAAUCAAAGCUGCACAGGGCAUAAAGAUUACUGCUCAGGGACUUGAACAUGCCAUUGCAGGCACUAGUUUGUAUGUUGUGGGACCGAAUGAUGAUGUGGAUGACAUAAAAGAAGUAGCCAUGGAAGAUAUGAGGUCAGUGAUGAGCAGGAUUGAUAAGAGUGGGGAGGGUGUUUAUGUCCAGGCAUCUACACUUGGGUCAUUGGAAGCCUUGCUGGAGUUUCUGAAGAGUCCAGAUGUCAGCAUACCUGUUAGUGGUAUUGGAAUAGGACCCGUACACAAAAAGGAUGUCAUGAAAGCCAGCGUCAUGCUUGAGAAGAAGAAAGAAUAUGCAACAAUCCUUGCCUUUGAUGUUAAAGUCACACAAGAAGCCCGCGAACUUGCAGAUGAAUAUGGUGUAAAGAUUUUCAUUGCUGAUAUUAUAUAUCAUUUGUUCGAUCAGUUUAAAGCCUACAUUGAUAAUCUCAAGGAGGAAAAGAAGAAGGAAGUUGCUGAGGAAGCUGUCUUUCCCUGUGUUCUCAAGAUUGUACCUAAUUGUGUUUUCAAUAAAAAGGAUCCUAUCGUUCUGGGUGUUGAUAUUCUUGAAGGCAUUGCUCGGGUUGGAACUCCAAUCUGUAUUCCUUCGAGGGACUUUAUUGAGAUUGGUCGGAUUGCGUCUAUUGAAAACAACCAUAAACCUGUAGAUUCUGCAAAGAAAGGGCAAAUGGUCGCCAUCAAGAUAAUUGGAUCCAACUCUGAAGAGCAACAGAAGAUGUUUGGGAGGCAUUUUGAUAUGGAAGACGAGCUCAUCAGCAAGAUUUCUAGGAGAUCGAUUGACAUACUCAAGGAAAAUUUCAGGAAAGAUCUUUCUAUUGAAGAAUGGAAGCUUCUUCGUAAACUAAAAGACAUCUUCAAGAUACAAUGAUGCCAGUCUGACAUGUGUGAUUAAUUAUUCAAUUGUCGGAGAGGCCAUAGGUUCCAGCAAGUGAGUGGUCACUGACUAGACUUCAUAUCCACAGUUUUGGUGAGGCUUCUUCAUGAGUGUAAUGAGGAAUUCUGGUAUCAAACAUCAGCAGAAAGGGAAGUUGGGAUGAGGUUGAUGAGUUCAGAGCUGAAUUUUGUUCGGGAGUUUGGUGUUAGCAUUGAAGUUGUUUUUAAACAAAAUUUCUAACCUGUGAGUCUAUGUUUUGUUGAGUUGGUGUUAUCGGUCUGCUGUGUAAAAAUCACAGCACACAACACACCAGGACAUUUUCAGCCUGUUGCAUAUUUUUUGCCGUGUGAACUGAGAAUAAAGGAUUCAAUGAUUAAUCAUACAAAGAUGCUAUAUUAUAACACAAUUUGGAGAGUAAUAAAAUUUUAGGGUUUGUUAAAAC